CUUCCCCCAAAAAAACAAAAAAACAAAAAACCUUCCCCCACGUGGUGGAGCGACUUAAGGCGGGCAUCUGAAACCUGCCUACACAUUCGAAGCGAUUAGGGGUCGGUUGCAUGGGCACAGAUGCAACUGAACUGAAUCGUCGCAUGAGGACCACUGCAGGCGUGCAGGCGCAGCACAAAGCACUGUCUUUACCGCCAUGACGCGCCCUGAACACCCACGGGCGAGUUGCCCGUUUUGCGGCUACGAGGCUAACGAAUAUGGUGUACUUCUUCAUAUGGAACACGUCCACCCCGAGGGCGAGUCUCCCUUCAUGGCCAGGGAUAGCAACAACAGCAGCACGGUCUCUGCAGCCGCAAACGGCGGGUUUGCACUAGACGACGGAGCCGGCAUUCAGUACGCCGAGUGUCCCGUUGAUGGCUGCGGUGAGGUUGUUCGGGGUGACGAGAUGGACUACCACGUCGAGCUCCAUGCUCAAGAGGAAGGACCCGAAGAUGGGAACGCCGUAUCGUUCAACCAGCCAGUUGGUGGCUCUCGUCCUUUAUCGAGCGCUGGAAUUCAAGCAACCGCCGUGAACCAGACUCUCCUGCCACAGAGCUUGCCGCAAGAACAGAGUCAGAACGAUGAUCACGUGCCUCGGAGCCGGCGUGAGCCUCGCGAUAAUGGCAGCCGUCACCGUCAGCGGGCUGAGGAUACCAAUAAUGAGCGCCACAGCGGCGGAAGCCACCGGCAGUCAUCCCUGUUACAUUGGAUGGGCUUGAUUUCCCGCCCAUCGUCUGCUUUAUCACGCAGGCACCAGGAACGUGGCAAGAGCAAAGCGGGAAGCUCCAGCGGGCACAGCAGCAGCACGGCUACACCCGAGGCAGUCAACCACGCACCUGGAAUAGGCUCCGCCACGCCACCAUCGAUGACUCCAGCUCAGGUCCAGGAGAAAAAACGACUUGGAAAGGCAGAACUGGGAAAAUAUGCCCACGAGCAGACCAUGCCUGCUUGGCUGGUUUCGCAUUUGCGCAAGGGAAAGGAGGUCAGAGCUGAAGGUGUACUGCCGGUGCUUGAACAACUGCUUGAGCAGAGUAGCACCACGAAGUAUGCGUAUCUGUGCCAUCCAGAAGUAGAGCACAUCUCAAAACUCAAGAGAGAAGGCGGGUUUUGUGGCUAUCGAAAUAUCCAAAUGAUGGUGUCUUAUAUCAAUGCUGUGUCAUUUCCAGGCCAUCAACACUUUGACGGGCUUCCCUCGGUCUUUAGGAUACAGGAUCUAAUCGAAAAUGCCUGGGACAAGGGCAUCAACGCCCAAGGUCGGGUUGAGACGGGGGGCGUAAAGGGUACUCGCAAGUACAUCGGCACACCCGAAGCGCAGGCUGUUUUGUGCAGUCUCGAGAUUCCCUGCGAGGCUCAAGGGUUCAAGAAUCGAGAGCCCGGUAGGUCGGAAGCACGCCUGAUGCAGGAAGUUGAACGUUACUUUCAGUCUGGCGAUUUCAAUCCGGAAUACAAGGUUCGACGCACAAAAAUGCCGCCAAUAUAUUUUCAACAUGCCGGACACUCUAUGACGAUUGUUGGUUUUGAGAAGCUUAAGAGCGGUCUCACCAAUCUUCUCGUUUUCGACCCCAUGUUCCGUGACUCCAGUGCCAUCCUUAAGCUGGUCGGGCGCCAAUUUGAGUACAAGUUCCCCGAUCUGGCUCUGAAGCCAUACCGACGGGGCAACAAGUAUCUGAAGAAAUAUCGCGAGUUUGAGCUCCUAAAAUUAAAACCACCACAGCCCGCAUAGUCUGCGUGCCCUUUCGACUGGUUCCCAAGUCCGGAGUAAUAAGGCCGACGUUGAGGCUGUACUUUGUAUUAUAUCUUUACGACGCAUCUUUUUUUUCUCGUUUAUUUUGGCAUUUAGCCGGGAGUCUAAGGUUGAAAUUUCUUUAUGAAGCGGUUCGGAUCACCAUAUAUUAGGCAUCGCUUGCGCAUUUUAAUGGCUUGUUGUCUUGUUUGUCUCCGAGGAAGCCAAAACUUUGGUCUCCUACUCUUGCAUCAUUACAGGUGGAAUACGAGUAAGAGCGUGAGGUAGCGAAGGCGUUAUGAAGAAUGAGAGUUGAAAUACCACAUGAUGAUUUGACGAAAUCUUUUCUAUACAAUCUCAUGCUUGAACAAGUAGACAGUGGGGUUGUAUUGACUUAGAGCAUUAGUUCUGCUCAGCGAACCAUGCUUGAAGCUUCUCCAAAGCCUUGCCUCUGUGUGAUAUCUUGUUCUUCUUUACUUUGUCCAUCUCGGCAUACGUUUCGCCUUCGUACUCGAAGAUGGCAUCCCAGCCUAGAGUUUUAACGAGCCCGGUAUCAGAUCAUAGAGCUGGUUUAUUGUUAACGGUCCUAGAUGAGCUGCAAAACGUGCUUACCAAAAUAUGGAGGCCCUCGUGG